AAAAUCAUACGAAGAAGAACUACUUCCGGUGCCGAGCGAUGCACUUCCUAUGUCACCGUACACGUGAUAAAUAAGCAUAUGCAUCCCCUGAAAGUGUAAGCAUGGACUUUUCAACAAAGUGGAACAGUUUACCUAAAGGUCCGAGUUUAAAAAAUCUGACCGAAGGAGGAUUUGGCGUCAUUAAGGAGUCUCAGCAUGAAGCUGUUCAGGAUUUAACAAAAGCCCACAUUGAGUCGUUUGACCAAGCUGUCACUGACGGACUCAGCCGCGUCGUGCAGGCCAUCCCGCCUUUGGAGUUCAUGGUAAAAAAUGAGAGGGUUAGCCUUUCAUUUGUCGAAGCCACCAUCUACAACCCAGUGGUUGCCAAAGGGAGCAUCUGCAGGGAAAUGAGAAUGUUUCCAGCAGAGUGCCGGGGAAGAAGAUGUUCAUACAAAGGGAAGCUUGUGGCAGACGUCAACUGGUCGAUCAAUGGAGUUCCCAAAGGCAUCAUCAAACAGUCCCUGGGUCAGGUGCCAAUCAUGGUGAAGUCCAAGCUGUGUAACCUGCGUGGAAUGUCCCCCAGAGAGCUCAUAGAACAUCAUGAAGAAGCAGAGGAAAUGGGAGGCUAUUUCAUCGUGAAUGGAAUUGAGAAGGUCAUUCGAAUGCUGAUCAUGCCAAGGAGGAAUUAUCCUAUUGCCAUGUCAAGGCCCAAGUGGAAGAGCAGGGGCCAGGGAUACACUCACUAUGGCAUUUCUAUGCACUGUGUAAAGGAAGAACACACAGCCAUCAACAUAACUCUGCAUUAUCUGGAAAAUGGGACUGUCAUGCUGAACUUCAUCUACCAGAAAGAGCUCUUCUUCCUCCCUCUAGGGUUUGCACUCAAGGCCCUAGUGGACUUCACAGACUUUCGGAUCUACCAGGAGCUGAUCAAGGGCCGCGAAGACAAUUCCUUUUACAAGAGCUGUGCAACUGAGAUGCUGCGCAUUGUCAUGGAGGAGGGCUGCACCAGCCGCAGCAAGGUGCUCAAUUACCUAGGAGAGCGCUUCCGGGUUAAACUGAGCCUCCCUGAGUGGUACACAAAUGAGCAGUGUGCCAACUUUCUGCUAGAUGAGUGCAUCUGUAUCCACUUGAAAUCAGAUGUGGAGAAAUUCUACCUCCUGUGUCUGAUGACUCGGAAGCUUUUCACAUUUGCCAAGCAGGAGUGCAUGGAGGAGAACCCCGACAGCAUCAUGUGCCAGGAAGUGCUCACUCCCGGUCAGCUCUACCUCAUGUUUCUGAAGGAGAGAAUGGCUGCCUGGUUGGUGUCUGUGAAGUUGUCCUUUGACAAGAAAGGUAGCAGGAUGACUGGAUGGUAUGCCGAAAGCGUCAAGAAAAUAUUAACCUUUGAAUAUCUGCUGGCCACUGGGAACCUCAGUUCCAAGACAGGUCUUGGUAUGCUGCAGAACACAGGUCUGAGUGUAGUGGCUGACAAGCUCAACUUCAUCCGCUACCUGUCCCAUUUCCGCUGUGUGCACAGAGGAGCAGCAUUUGCUAAGAUGAGGACCACUUCUGUUCGUAAGCUGCUGCCUGAGUCCUGGGGCUUCCUGUGUCCUGUCCACACCCCAGACGGAGAGCCCUGUGGCCUCAUGAACCACAUGACGGCCAGCUGUGAGAUCGUGACUCCCACCUUGCCCACCACAUCCCUCCCUGCUCUGCUCUGCUCCCUAGGUGUUACUCCAGUGGAUGGACCUCCUGGUCAGGCCUAUUCAGACUGCUACCCUGUGGUGCUUGAUGGGGCUGUUGUAGGCUGGGUGGAGACUGAAUUAGCCCCAGUUGUGGCUGACUCACUGCGCAGGUUCAAGGUGCUGAGAGAGAAGAAGAUCCCCCCCUGGACCGAGAUUGUUCUGAUUCCCAAAACAGGCAAGGCCAGCUUGUAUCCAGGCCUGUUCCUUUUCACAACACCCUGUCGAAUGGUGCGGCCUGUGCGCAAUUUAGCUCUUGGAAAGCAAGAGUUAAUUGGCACGUUUGAACAACUUUACAUCAAUGUGGGCAUCUUGGAGAAUGAGAUCAAGCCAGGAGUGACCACGCACCAGGAACCUUUCCCUCACAGUAUGCUCAGCGUGGUAGCUAACUUCAUCCCCUACUCAGACCACAACCAGAGUCCUAGGAACAUGUACCAGUGUCAGAUGGGUAAACAGACUAUGGGUUUCCCCCUGCACUCAUUCACGGAUCGCUCAGACAACAAGCUGUACCGGCUCCAGACCCCACAGAGCCCACUGGUCAGGCCCUACAUGUACGACCACUACAACCUGGACAACUACCCCAGUGGCACAAACGCCAUUGUGGCAGUCAUAUCCUACACAGGUUACGACAUGGAGGAUGCAAUGAUUGUGAACAAGUCAUCAUGGGAGCGAGGCUUCACCCAUGGAUGCAUCUACAAGACUGAGCUGGUUGACCUGUCAGACAAAGUGCGGGGAGAAGACAGUGUGGUGUUUGGGACCAAGCCAGGUGAUCCUAAGGUGAAUGAGAAGCUGGAUGCUGAUGGACUACCUCACAUUGGAUCAACACUUCACUACGGAGACCCUUUCUACAGCUAUGUCAACCUCAACACUGGCCAGACCUUCAUCAGCUACUACAAGAGCCAAGAGGCUUGUGUUGUUGACAAUAUAAAGAUCUGCAGCAACGACUCUGGCUCAGGCCGUUUCAAACGCGUCUGCAUUACUAUACGAGUGCCACGAAACCCCACCAUUGGUGACAAGUUUGCCAGCCGCCAUGGUCAGAAGGGCAUCCUGAGCCGCCUAUGGCCAGCAGAGGACAUGCCCUUCACAGAAAGCGGCAUGACUCCUGAUAUCCUGUUCAACCCCCACGGCUUCCCCUCUCGCAUGACUAUUGGGAUGCUGAUUGAGAGCAUGGCCGGCAAGUCUGGUGCCCUGCACGGACUGAGCCACGACGCCACGCCCUUCACUUUCUCUGAGGAGAACUCUGCAUUGGAGUACUUUGGUGAAAUGCUCCGAGCUGGAGGCUACAACUACUAUGGCACGGAGCGACUGUACAGUGGCCUGAGUGGUCAGGAGCUAGAGGCCGACAUCUUCAUUGGAGUCGUGUAUUAUCAGCGGCUACGUCACAUGGUCUCAGACAAGUUUCAGGUGAGGACUACCGGAGCACGAGACAAGGUAACUAACCAGCCUGUGGGAGGGAGGAACAUCCAGGGAGGCAUCCGUUUUGGGGAGAUGGAGCGAGACGCCCUGCUGGCACAUGGGUCUUCCUUCCUGCUUCAUGAUCGCCUCUUUAACUGCUCUGACCGAUCAGUGGCUCAGGUGUGCGUUGACUGUGGGAGCCUGCUCUCCCCUCUGUUGGAGAAACCACCGCCUUAUUGGUCAGCCACACGCCACCGCAAGACAGUAUGUACCCUGUGUGGCAAAAGUGACUCUAUCGACUCUGUGUCUGUUCCUUAUGUCUUCCGCUAUUUUGUAGCUGAGCUUGCAGCAAUGAACAUCAAAGUCAAGUUAGAUGUCAAGUGAAUUUUGGAGGAGGAUAACUACAGACACAUUCCUUAAAUAUAACGUGGUACAAAUCAGAAUAAAUAGUAUAAUAGGAAAGUGUUUUGUUAAAAUGGACUUUGGUAAAGUUCCUAGCAUGAACCACAGAAAGACACAUACUGUAUAAAGGAAUAGCCAGGUGCCUGAGAGGGUUGCCUUUUUUGUCAGAAGUGUUUUAUUAGUCAAGAUAUUUGGGAAAUGACCAAGUAGCAGCAGAUGCUGGAAUGAAUGUGUUGACAUCUGUUGAUGUGUGUAAAAGUAUCUCAAAGGACUUUUUGUACAGUCAUUCAGACUGUGGAAUAAAAAUGUCACG